AUGAAUGCCAUUCGCCAAGUCCAGGCUCUCAAUAAAAAAGAGCUAGAACAUGCCAUACCACCUGAAGCAUCAUGGCAUGCAGACUACCGCGAUACAGCAUACAUUUACAUCGGAGGACUUCCAUUUGAUCUUACCGAGGGUGAUAUUGUGACAAUAUUCUCACAGUAUGGAGAGCCAGUGCAUAUCAAUCUGGCUCGCGACAAGGAAACAGGAAAGAGUCGAGGCUUCGCGUUUCUUAAAUAUGAGGACCAGCGCAGCACCGAUCUCGCAGUGGAUAACCUUGGCGGUGCAACAAUACUUGGUCGUAUGCUACGAGUCGAUCAUACGCGAUACAAAAAACGCGAUGACGAGGAGGAGGACAACAAUGUUGCAAAGCUGAUGGGCGACGCGGUUAUUGACGAGCGCAAAGAAGAGAGAGGCGGUGAUCGACGGACAGGCGAUGCCGACAGACAAGAGCUGCGGCCUAUUCUUAAAGAAGAGAGAGAACUCCAGGAGCUCAUCCAGAAUCACGACGAAGAGGAUCCUAUGAAAGAGUUCCUUGUUGAGGAAAAGAAGGAAGAGGUUGCCCGUGCGAUUGAGAAAUACCAAAGAGAAACCAAAUCAACUAGGCGACGAAAUCACAGCAGAGAAAGAUCUAGCCGACACCAUCGCCGGCAUCGUUCUUCGGAUCGGGAUAGAAAAUCUAGGCGUCGGUCAAUAGAUCGAAGCGAGAGAUCUCGAAGAGACCGUACUCCAGAAAGGUCCGAAAGAUCUCGAAGAGACUAUUCCCCGGACAGAUCUGAGAGACCACAAAGAGACCAUACUCCGGAAAGAUCUGAGAGAUCGAGAAGAGAUAGAACAUCAAAAUCUCAUUCGCCUGGACCUUGGAAGCAUACCAGAGAUCGAAGAGACUGA